GGAAACAGCGGAGUAGCGAGGGACGUGAGAUUUCUCAUUCUUUGUACUCAGUGAAGAGUUGAAGCCCGGCACUGCCUCUGCUCUCGUCUCCAUUUUUUUUUUUUAAUAUAAGCGGGGUUCAAAGCUGUAAACAGCCCGAUAAGCCAGUUACUUUGUCCAUUUUCUGUUCGUGGAAAACGGUCAGCCCGACCGUCAGUGUCCCUUUGAGUGAGCGCGAGGCUGGACAACAAAAGCUCCGGAGUCCUUCGCUUCGGGGGGGAAGCUUUUUAAGUCGCACACCUCUUUUUAUUUAUUUUUAAUUAAAAAAUUAAUUAAAAAAAAUCGAGGAACCGCAGAUCUUCCCGUUUCAUUUCCCCUCUCGUACCUCGUGGGGGAACCUUUGUCUUUUUGUUUUGUUUUUUUAACCAAGCCGAGCGACCCACGAUGGCAGCUGUAACGAGCCCGGAGACGAGCCCUCAACCCCGGGUAUAUUUCCAGACGCCGGCCGGCACCACGGAGGAGCCGGAGAUACCGGUUCGGAAGCAGGGACGUGUCACCGUCAAAUACGACCGCAAGGAGCUGAGGAAGAGGCUGAACCUGGAGGAGUGGAUUAUCGACCAGCUAACGGACCUGUACGACUGCGAGGAGGAGGCCAUCCCAGAGCUGGAGAUAGACGUGGACGAGCUGCUGGACAUGCCCAGUGACGUGGAGCGAGCCGCCAGAGUGAAGGACUUACUGGUCGACUGUUUUAAACCCACCGAGGACUUCGUCUCAGAGCUGCUUGACAAGAUCAGAGGAAUGCAGAAGCUCUCCACGCCUCAGAAGAAAUGAUGGCGUCCCACACGGUCCCCUCUUCGGCCCUCUCGUCUUCCUACAUUUUUUGUUAAAUCUUUAUUAUCGUUUUAAUUUAACGUCAUUCUUCCUUCAAAGAUCUUGAAUUGUUGUUUUGUUUGAACCUCACAUUUUUCUCUCUGGUUGCCUGGAUUCAGUUGACUCUUCACUUUUAACUAUUUUUGGUAACUUGAUGAGUUUGUAGUUUUUUGAUUCUUAAAAAAAAAAAUCAGUAAAAAAAAGGUAAAAAAAAACCCCAUCAAAUCUAGAACGGACUUGUCUGUUCUGAUCCAGGCGCUCUCCUUCCCCCCUCGCUCCGAAUUGCAGACAGCCCUUAUUCAGCUCUUCUUCCUCCAAUCUGUCAGAGGAGGAGCCGAGACCUGUAAUUACUAAAUAAAAAUAAAAAAAACAACGGGGGCGUGGGAAGAAGAACAAGAGACAGAAGAACCCACAGACAUAAAUAAAAGAGCGGAGUGAAAAUCCGAAGAGACGGAAGGAGAACUCCAUCUUUACCGCCGAGAUUUAUCAUCAUUUUAAAUUGUUUUAAUUUUCAAACAAUCGAGCUGCCACUUAUAAACCUUUAUGUUUUGUGCUUUACUUUGAGGGCUUGAAGAUAAUCCCUUUAGUUGUAUCACUUUUUUAUUUUUAAAACCCCUUUUUAGGUGCUCACUACAAACUACCCCCUCUUAAACAGAGGCACUGCUGCAGCGUUGCAUUUAAAGACCGUCGUCUUUUAGUGCGUUUCUUAAAAAUACGAUGUGCACUGUGUCAUUUUGGUGAAGAAAAUCUGAACCUCUGAGCACCUCAGAGUGUGUUUACUGCAGCGAGGAGGAGAAGUCGUCGUUUCCAUGUGGCCAGGCUAAAAAUAAUCUGAUUUUUGUUUCAAACUUCUUUUUUUUUUUUACAGAAUAAAUGGAUAGGACUUCUUUCCUCAAACGUGUCAUCCAGUCAGUCACAGGUUCUGAAGCGGCUGCUGUCCGGCCUAAACAUACAACAUGUAUGUCCGUGUUGCUAAAUGCUAAUAGUGUGUGUUGCUACAUAAUGUACAGCAACAUCUGUCUUAGUUCGGAGUGCUUUUGGGCCUGUAUAUUGUGCUGUUAGCUAGGACAGAUUUGUUUUUAUCGCUAUGGGACUGGUUCCCUUUUUUUAAUCGUUGUUAUCACACACUGAUAGAACAGAGAAAAACUGCCUUUUUUAAAUCACAACAUCCCGAUUUGUCAUAUUUUUCUAGUUUUUUGUUCAUUUUCAGAGCUCACUUUGCUCUAAAAACAAACAAAAAAAAAAAACAGGAAGCAGAUCCAUGUUUCAAACUGUUUUUCUCGCUUACUUGCCUGACCCAUUCUCCAUCCACGCCCAUCAUCUCAGAGAAUAAAGCCAUCAGGUUCUGAUCUGACCCGGUUAGAGACCGAAACCCGCUAAACCCAUUAGAACGAUCGCUGAGAUUCCUGCAACCAGCUCUUAAAACUCCUGCAAACUUUUUUACCGUCGCGCCUUCGUCUCAGCGUUCAUUUCACUUUUUUCUCACAUCUUUUGUUGUUUGCUUCCUUCAGUUUUUUUUUUUUUAAACAGAUGUUGCCUUAGGUAUAAUUUAUGUUACACAAACCAAAAAAAACAACAAAAAAAACCAGGAGAAAGUCAGUUUUUUGUUAACAAAAUGGCGACUGAAGUUACGGCGUGUGGAGAAUCUGAAAAUC